GUUACUGUGACGGCUUCUCUUGUUUCGUAUGCAAUUCCUCCGAGAAUAGUGGCUGCUUGGAUAAAAACUUUAAGGAAUACAGCCAGUCGACCCUGACUAAACAGUUAUGCAUGGUUUCGAAUGCCCGCUUUUGCGUUAAGACCACCGCACUUUAUGGAGCAAUUAUGGGCACAACUCGAUGGUGUAGUGCGAUGGACAUGGGCAACCAGUGCCAGUACACUUCAUUUCCUGACCAUGAUCGCAUCUAUCGAGCUUGCAUAUUCACCUGUGAUACCGAUGCCUGCAAUUCGGCGUAUUCCUUCCUUAGUCAGCCGCCUGGAUCGCUGCUCACUUCCCUCGGUGAUGCGGAAAGGGCAUCGGAAGGAGGUGUGGCUUGCGGCUUUAUUCGCUCUCUGGGCGGGCUGCGACUGGUGGCCUUGACCUCCAGUACUGAGGACCGUGUCAGAAAGCCCGUGGGAGCAGGCACACCCUGA